CAACAUAGUUUGAAUGUUGAAAACCCCAAACAAAUAGUUUCGGCUAGAGGCCUGCUUAUACACCAAAGCGUUAAAGCCCAAUUUCGUCGAAAGUUGAACCCAAUCUCGUCAAUUUUCGAAAGUUUCCAACGCAAAGCCCUUAGCGAUCCCUGCCGUCGACGACCUGCCUGUCUCCGUCGACUACGACGUCCAACUGGCUGCUCAUUCGUGAACUUAAUUGCAGUAAGACUCAUUCUUUGCUCUCUAUAUAGAUUUUGACGUCGAACUGGCUGCUCAUUUGUUUUAUUUCCAAACAGAUGAUCAUUUUUUCCCGAUCUCCUGUAAGUUGUUUGUUCCUAAGAUUAGGGGUUUCAAUUUUAAGACUUUAAGAUCGACAGUUUACUUCGUUUUUUCGUUAUUUGAAAAGACUGCACCAUAUAGACAAUGAUGAUGGUAAUAUGUUUUGUUCUAGUUAUUUUAAUUAUGAAAUAACUAGGAGUUAUGGACUGCGUGAAUUUAAAGACUAAAUGGCGUGAAUCUCUUCUUAGUAACUAUUGUUAGUGUAGGCAGUAGGCAUGGAUGCUGAAGAUGAGGGAGCUACUUUUCUCAAGCAAUCAGGGAUGAGGCAUAAAAAGUUUAAUAAAACAGAAAAGAAAAAUACAAACAAUGGUUUAGAAGUAAUCCAUUUGGAUCACAUUGCAAAGGAUAAGAACAAGAAGGGGCACAAAGUUUUUGAGGAAGGACAUUUCAUCAAGAGGAGAAAGUCGACUGAGGCUUUUGAAAAGAAAAAGAAAAAGACAAAGAAGGUCUUGGAAGGUUCAGCAGACAAUGACAGAAGAAUAGGUGAGGAGGUUGGUGGAUGUUGUGUAAGUCAAGUGAAAAUGAAGAAAAGGAAGAGAAAUGUUAAACACAAUGUGGAUGAGAUAAAAAAUACUUUUGAUUUAAACAGUGAAAAUAAUGCACAUUCACUUGAAACUAAGAUGAUGCAAAGUGACAUUGGCAAGAAGGAAAAACUCGCAGAUGAGUGCAGUGAAGAUAGUAUAGGGAUGGCCAUGAAAAAGAAUAAGAAGAAGAAGAAGAAGGAGAAUAAAAGGAAACGUAAUGAUGUUUGUGCGGAUUUGGAUGAUAUUCAGACAAAAAGUCUCGGAACUUCUGAAAAUGAGAGUAUAAUCAAGGAGAAAAUGGGUGAAUGUGAUCCCCAAGAUGCAAACCCCAGAAAAAACAAAAGAGUGCGAUUUGUUGAUGAGUUGGAGGUUUGUCCAGUUGUAAGUGUUCCUGAAAAGGUAAAGGGAAAAAACAAGGAAGUGGACGAAUUAGUUCAAGGGAAGCGAUUCUCAAAAGUAGAAGAUGAGAUCAUCAAAGAAGCUGUUUCUAAGUACAUAGAGAAGCAUGAAUUGGGUGAUGAUGGGCUGAAUAUGGUUCUAAACUGCAAAUCCUUGCCAAACCUGAAAGGCUGUUGGAAACAAAUAGGGUCUGCCCUUCCUCACCGACCUUACAGAGCUGUUUACAAUCGUGCUCAAAAGAUGUUUCGUAAAAGCGAAAUCCCUUGGACUGAAGAAGAGUACGAAUUCGUAAAAAAGUAUCAUGAAAAACAUGGGAAUCGGUGGGCAGACAUGGCUGAGGAACUUGGAAAGUACAGAACUCACAUCUUUAAUGCAUGGCUUAGAAGAAUAAGGCUUCCCAAUUUGAAGAAGGGCCGUUGGUCUCAAGAGGAGUACCAAACUUUGUUUGAUUUAGUGAAUAUCGAUUUGCAACUGAAGGUCUCUGAGGAGAAGAAGUCCAGACACGGUAUGUUGCGUGACAACAUCUGUUGGAUCGCAAUAAGUGACAAGUUGGCCUCGCGAAAUAACACAAGGUGUUGUGACAAAUGGUACCGCCACUUAACAUCACCUUUGGUUGCCGAAGGCAAGUGGGCAGAUUCUGAUGAUUAUAGAUUGGUGGGUGCUCUCUAUGAAUUGGAUGGAAGCUGUAUAGAAAAUGUGGACUGGGACAACAUUCUCGAGCACAGGUCUGGUGAAGUAACUCUGAAGCGUUGGAAGCAGAUGGUUCGUCACAUCAGUAACCAUGAAAACAAACCGUUUGCCGAACAAGUCGAGAUUUUGGCAAAGAGAUACUGUCCAUACUUGCUUGAAGCAAGGGUGGCUUGGGAUAGCAAGCCAUAUGUACAAUGAUUCCUCGUCAUGCUUCUUCCUUAGUAUGCGAUAGUCAUCCUCUCUUUUGCAGUUGCCUUAUGCUUAAAGUUCUACUUUUGUUUCUUUGGUUUUAAAACAGUACUCUUUAAGUUACUUUUCAAUUAAAAACGUCUAGAUAGUGAAAAUUACAAUUUAUCAAUUAUCAGUACAUUGUAUGUAUAAUUCAUUCCAAUGAUUAUUUUUAUUAUAAAAUGAUUUAUAUGACUUCUCCCCCACGCCACUACCUGUCCAUGUUGCCAUAGUGAUUAAAGCAUGUGACCGAUCAGAUGGCGGAAGUAACUUGGCCCACACCAUUUUCAGCAUUAUCUGUAGAUAUAAAUACUCAAGUUAUGUAUUGAAGGGUGAUGAUUUAUAAGUGUUACUCUAUAAUUUCAAGUAUUAGUGACACAGUUGGUUCUGGAUCUGAGCAACUCAUUGUAGUUAGGGGCGAGCAGAUGAAUACUGGAAUAGUUGGUGAGGGCGGAUCCUGGUUUGAGGUGCAUGGUCAAAUUAUUCAUGGUGCAUAGUGCAUGCUGGUGAUUUCAUUUCCCCCCAUAGCUGACUGGCUGACUUGAUAAUUUCAUUGUUGGACACUCUUGGUCAUAUUGUUCUGGUUACUAUUGUCUCAGACAUAACCUGGACAACGGGGCAUAAAAAAUAUGAUGUUCUUUGAAAAAUUCUGAGGUCAUUGUUGAUAACAAAGCUUUGAUUAAUCGGUAACUAUGAUAUCCAUAACCUAUAUAAAUGCCUUCGAUUUUGUGGGAAGUUCAACACCACCUAGUUGAUUGGAUCCAAUCUCAGCUUCAUUUGAGUGCCUAUAUUGCUUCUCCUUUUUAAACACUAGCAAGCUAGACUACUUGCACUAAUAUGUACCCACAUUGAAGACAAUUUUUCCAUUAGAAGACCCAAUCUAAGAGGCGGACCACAGUUAAAAAUAAAGAACCACUAAUGUUAGCAUUUCUCUCUCAUAGUUUUGGCUCCUGAAAUCUUAUUUUACAGGUUAAUGUGAUUUUCACUUAGCUUUGUUGAUUUUACAGAAUGUCUGAAUUUGAGAGCAAAUGUGUCUUUUGUAAUAACUUCACAUUGUCCUAUGACAUCACCUUCACCUCCAACCACUAAGGCACUAACAAAAGCUCAACUCACACAAUCAAAAUCUUCAAUACCUCCUUGUAAAUCCUUGUCCUACAGAAAAUAAAAGCAUCAUCGGUGCAAAAUAAAAAAAUAAAACUACAGCGCGACACUAGAGACAUCUUCCUCACAAAGGGUGUGAGGUUGGAAGCAUUUCAAGAAAUGUACAGUCUCAUAAAUUAAGUAAAUAAAGAUGAUAAUAAAGAAAGAGAUGAUAGAGGCACGAGUUGAAUUGAAGGCUUUUGUAAGCCUUUUGUUGCGUAUGACAGUACUGGUGGUAGAACGUAACUAGUACUUGCUUUACACAUUUCCUUAAACAAUGAAGCUGUAUCACCCAACCGAUGAGAUCCAAUUUUCUUUAGGCAGUUAUAGACCUUAUUGCGAUGUUAUAGACCUUCGAUGAGAUCCAAUUUUCUUUAGGCAGUUGUAGACCUUCUUGAGAUGUUAGAACGGAUUGAGCUUGUUCUAAUGGGGCUGAGUCAACAAGAGCAAUAGAAGGGGCAAACACGCAGUGCUGCUGCUCUAGGAAACUGCUUACUAUAUUACUGCCUGGCUUCAUUUGCUUUCUGGGGUUGCUUUGUGACUUCAUCUGUUUUUUGUGAGGUGGAGUGAUUAGAAUCUUUAGAUAUGUUGUGUUGUUUGCUAGCAUAGAUGACAGAUAUAUUACUGUGCUGUAUAACUUUUUACUUUGGUAAUGUUAGUACUGACUACAUAUUCUUAGCAGUAUUUAGUUUUGAAAAUAAAAGCUUGAUAACCUUGAUCAAACCGAGACUUGUUUCGGACAGUGUGGUUAAAUCUGAUUCCUAUACAUUCAUAGAUAACUUGGCUCAUCC